UCCAAGUUGACGUUGAAUAACGACUAACUAGCCUAAUUUGGUUGAUUUUCCUUGUAUACAAGGUUUUAUCAUGGAUGUGACAAUGGACAUGCAAUCUAAGUGAUUUAACGAAAAAAUACCCUUGUGAGGUGCAUAAUUAUGUGACUAAACGUGAGAGAUUGUAGCGUAAAAAAAUGUUUCACCACGAAUAUGAGAAACGGCUGUUGAAGUCGAACAUCGAAAGCCAUAUAGAUAAUCUGGCAGGUCCCGGACUCUACUCAUCGGUAUAUUUUUCACCGACUAAAAUGGUGAAUAAUAGUUUCGACCGAUUUAUACCAACGAGAUCUGGCAAUAAUUGGCAAACAACAUUUUCAAUGAUAUCGGAAAACAAUCGAAACGGCAUAGUUACAAAAAAAGCUCGUGAGAAUGGAGAAGGCAGUCGUGACGGUAUUGCUUAUUCCUGUCUUCUGAAAAAUGAGUUACUUGGUGCUAGUAUAGAAGAUGUGAAAGGACAAUGCGAAGAACGAAGAGUACUAUCACCAUUAAUUACGAAAAACCUUUUCAAAUAUACUACACCAACGAAAGAUCAUACAUUAUUAGAUCAAAGUUCACCUUAUUCUUUGUCACCACUGAGUGCUAAAAGUCAAAAGCUAUUAAGAUCUCCCAGGAAAGCAACCAGAAAGAUUUCAAGAUUACCUUUUAAGGUGCUUGAUGCACCAGAAUUGCAAGAUGACUUUUAUUUGAAUCUUGUCGACUGGUCAUCUCAAAAUGUUCUCAGUGUUGGCUUGGGUAGCUGUGUCUACUUAUGGUCUGCGUGUACAAGUCAGGUGACCAGACUAUGUGAUCUCUCCAGUGAUGGGAAUAGCGUAACGUCAGUUGCUUGGAAUGAAAGAGGAAAUUUAGUUGCAAUUGGCACACAUCUGGGCUAUAUUCAAGUUUGGGAUGUAGCUGUGAGUAAACAAGUAAGCAAGCUGCAAGGGCACAGUGCAAGAGUUGGAGCAUUAGCUUGGAACGGUGAAGUUUUAUCAUCUGGUAGCAGAGAUAGAUUAAUAUUACAAAGAGAUGUUAGAACUCCUUGUGUCGUCAGUGAACGGCGUUUAGGAGCUCAUAGGCAAGAAGUUUGUGGACUCAAAUGGUCUCCAGAUAAUCAAUAUUUGGCCUCUGGUGGUAAUGACAAUCGACUUUAUGUAUGGAACUUACAUUCCCUUUCACCGAUACAAACAUACACAGAACAUCUAGCAGCGGUUAAAGCUAUUGCAUGGUCCCCACAUCAUCAUGGCCUGUUAGCCUCUGGUGGUGGUACAGCAGAUAGAUGUAUUAGAUUUUGGAACACAUUAACUGGUCAACCAAUGCAGUGCGUUGACACUGGUUCUCAAGUUUGUAAUUUAGCUUGGAGUAAACAUAGUUCAGAACUAGUCAGUACACAUGGCUACUCUCAGAAUCAAAUUUUGGUUUGGAAGUAUCCAAGUUUAACGCAAGUUGCAAAAUUAACAGGACACUCAUAUAGGGUUUUGUAUUUAGCAAUGUCACCGGAUGGUGAAGCUAUUGUAACUGGUGCUGGUGAUGAAACCUUGCGUUUUUGGAAUGUGUUUAGUAAAGCACGCAGUCAGAAAGAAAAUAAGUCUGUACUGAAUCUCUUUACUAGUAUUCGAUAAAUUUCUAUGAAAGAACAAUGGUUAUAUGUU